AUGUAUUAUCUUUUUGUUGGAUUCCUAGCGCCAGCGAUUCUGAUUCUUAUUCUUGGGCUAUUCGCUUGUCUAAAGAAGUCUUCGAACACCAGAUAUGACGACAAGGAUUAUCAAUCUAUUUAUUCUACGGAAGACAGCCAUGUAAGGAUUCGAAUGCCAGUUUACGAUUCUCGGGGUGUGAACAGUUACCAAAUGAUAUAUGAAAAUCAGCACUUCGAUUUCAAACACCCUCCAACUUAUAACGAAGCUGUUCGCCAUAUUGCAAAUACUAAACCACCGAGCCGGCACUUGCCACCGAAUCAACCAAGAAUACUGGAACGAGCAGCAGUACCACAGCAAAAACAUACAACCAUUUAUUAA